CUCAAAGAGGAAAUGAAUCUUCUCCUUGAGCAGAGAGAGGCUCUACAAAAGCAGGUGGCAGAGUUGACAUCUCAGCUGGCAGCCUCCCGAGAGUGCCAGGAAAAGACUGUGCAGAGAGCGCAGCAAGAUGUGAGGGAGGCCCAGGAAGAGUCCAGGCAGAAGCUCUCAGAGGUAGAGCAUGUCCAGAAGCUGCUGGAGAAGGCAGAACAUCAGAAGAAGGAGCUGCAAGCACAUCUGCAGGACUUGGAGAGGGAAAGGAGUCGAUGGGAAGAAGUGGCACAGCAGAAUCCAGAAUUGCAGGCUUCCGUCAAUGCCCUAGAGAGGGAAAAAGCCAGGCUGAUUCUGACUCUGGAGGAAAAGACCCUGUGCCUCAGAACCCUGGAAGCACAGAACAUGGCACUGAACAAUCAUGUGUCUCAGUGUAAAUCUGCUCUUCAGAAGGCCAACCAGCUCUCUUCAAACCGCGCUGGACAACUGCGGGAGCUCAACACCCAGAUCCGGGCCCUGCAGGACGCAGUGCUGCAGAUGGAGGCUUCCCAGGCAACUCGAGAGAAGCAGCUGCUGAAGGAGCUGGAGGAGUCUCGAGCAGGAGAACGCUGCUUGAGGGACUCUGUGCAUGUGCUGGAGGCUGAGGUGUCUGAGCUGCGUGUGAAGCUCCAGAGCUCUGAUGACAAAGCUCUUGCCUUGGCCAUACAGUGUAAGGCUCUGGAGCUGGAGCUGAGGAAGACACAGACUGAGAGAGACAACCUCAGAGCCUGCAACAUGGAGCUGCAGAAGGUGUUGGAGAAAACUGAGCAAGAUUUCUGGAAGGCAGAAGUCAAGCACAUUUCUCGAGAAACUGCCCUGCAGAAAGAGGCCACGGAAAGGCAGGAAGAGGCUGUGACCCUUCUUCAGGAGGUGGCAUUUCUGAAGAGGAAAUUGGAAAUCCUGGAGAAGGAAAGGAAGGAU